AUGUCACUUCUCGACGCGUCCUGCAUUCGCGUGAUCGCCGAGUCGGUCGGCAUCGCCCAGGUGAGCGACGAGGUUGCCGAGGCGCUCGCGCCUGACGUGGAAUACCGGCUGCGGGACAUUGUGCAGGCGUGCAGCCGCUCCGUUGAGGCUCUCAAAUUCAUGCGGCACGGCCGGCGCGAGACGCUCACGUGCGACGACAUCAACUUUGCUCUCCGGACGGACGCAUUUGCCCCCUUUCAAAGGCGGUUUCGAAGUUGA